AGGAGAAGAAGAAAAAGAAGAAGAUGACAGUACCGACCACAAGCAAAGGGCUGGAAUUUGCAAAGGAGCAGUUGAAGAAGCAUGGAUGGAAAAAAGGUAAAGGACUUGGGAAAAAAGAAAAUGGGAUCGCUGAAGCAUUAAAGGUCAAAAUAAAAUGCAACACAGCUGGGGUGGGGCACGACUCAGCUGAGGAGUUCACCUAUCACUGGUGGGACCAUCUCUUCAACUCGUCUGCUGCCAACAUUACAGUAGACUCUGAACAGGAUGGGGUCCAGGUGAGAAAGCUCUCUGAGCGGGAGGGGCCAGUCCCAAGGACAAAGCCAUGCCGAGCCCAGGAGGGGGACAUGCUCUACGGCCGCUUUGUGAAGGCAGCCACCCUGAUAUCUGGCACAGAGGAGCCCACAAACCCCUUGACCUCCACAGACCAGGAGGAGGAGAAACUGGACCUCUCCACGGCAAGGAGGCUGACUGACCAGGAGCUGUUCCAGGCCUGUGGGGGAAGAACAGUCCACAAGGGAGCUCGGCACGGCAUCACUAUGAGGGCAAAGCUCGCCCGGCUGGAAGAGCAGGAAAAGGCUUUCUUGGCUAGCUCUGCCCAGCAGAAGGCUGGGCCAGGGACGACCCCCAGUGGCUGCCCUGACCCCCAGCACCCACCGCAAGCCAAGAAAUAUAAAAGAAGCAAAAGGGGCUGCUACAGAGAAGAGCCAGCUGGUGGAAGCUGCGCCAAGGCCAAGAAGAAGAAGAAGAAGCAAAGGACUGGCUGAUCUCCUCCACUAAGGAGUGCUUGAGGUUGAAAAGUGUACAGAUAAGUAUAUAUUUUUCAUAAAUAAAUAAGACAUCUACACAGAA